UUUACAGGCAAGCUCCGUAAGCAACUCAUGGUCGACCUUUCGGUGGCCUUUGGUCUGGGUAUCGGCGGUGGCUAUGCAUUCUGGUUUGGCUAUCACAUCCCAGCUGUGCGCAAGCGAGACGCAUACUACGCUAAGCUUGAAUCUCAAGGAACUGGUAGGUUGAUUUGA